CAAGGGAAUAAUACAAUGGAAGAAAAAGACCGUCAAAAUCCUAUCGACUCUCCCAAGGUGGAUUAUGCGGAGAAGAUAUUACCACAAGAUCCACAGCUUCACUUGUCUCAGAAAACACAGCUUCAUUUGGCUCUGAAAACACAGCUUCACUUGCUUAAGAAAGAAAUAAAUAAUCUCAAGAAACAGAAGAAGCACGCUAGAACUGCAAAAUGUCAAUGGCUUGGAGAGGUUGGAAAGGCUAAAACAAAGGUUGUUGAACUAACCCAGAAACUCAAAACCGUGACUGAGUCAAAGAUCAAGGCAACAGAAGUUGUGCAGAACAAACUAAAAGAAGCAAACGGUGAUAAUCCUGUGGGAAGUGCUGGUGCCCAUAAACAGGACAUGGAAAAUAAAGAAACGAAGUACGUGACCGAAGACAACAGAAUCAUGCUGGAGGAAGCCCAGGAAGGGCUAAAAGUUGCACAAGGGGAACUUGACAAAGCAAUAGCGGCUGAUGCUAAGGCCCGUGAUGAGAUCAAGGUCCUGUCUAAGAGAAAAAAGAAGUUGGCUGCUGAUGUAGCUCAGGCAGAAGCUGUGGAAGCUAGUGAACAUGAGGAAGCACUUAAGAUGUCGAUGAAGACUUGGAAGGUCAGGUGGCCUUCCAAUGACAAGAAGAAGAAAAAAGAUUUUGUGGAUGUCCCAUGGGGCAGUAAUGGGAUAGAAUGUUUGAGGGCAAAAAAAUCGGUGGAUGCAGAACAGAAGAAGAAGCUGGGGGAAUUUGGCCUAGAAAGCGUGAAAGGGGUGAUAGGCCCUGACAAGUUUGUUGGCCAUUUGACCAAACCUAAAUGA